GCAUUAUUAUUCGUUACAAAACCCAACACACUCGUGUCGUCCCGUAUAAACAAACAACUGCAGCCGCAGCCUGUCUCACCGGCCACUCGUAAGUCGCAACUGUCCGUUCGCGUUUAACACGUCCACGCACGUACGGUUUUUGUUUUUUAAAAACGUCUCUACGAGUUCAUUACCGGCCCGCGUCCCGGUGUCAGUCGAUCGACCGACCGUAAACAAUCGCCGUCGAGGUGCGUCUUAACGAAACGCGCCACCAGACCCGAGACGACGAUCACGAUAUCGUAAUACAACCAGCGCCGCAGUCGUCACAGUUGUCGCCGCGAUGUCCGAAGUGGCUGCCGAGAACAACGUACCUUCGGUUCAGGAAGGUGAGAAGCGUGGACGUAAAAGAAAUACAGGAUCUCGUACAAAUGCUAUAAAUGCAACUUAUGCUGAAGCUGAAUUGAUUACCAAGGGAUUGAAUAAUAUUGAUGAUGUUGAUGGAAGGAGAACAACUAGAUCCUCAACACGGGGUUCAACUGCAGCAUCAAAGUUAAAAAAUGAACCUCCAGCGAAAAAAGAAAAAAAAGUACCCGCCGUUAAAGGCAAACGAGGAAGGCCAAAGGCAGUUACAAAAGAAGAGAGUGAAGAAGUAGUAUCAGCUGAAGAAAAUGGUAUUGCUGAUAAUGAUGUAGAAUCUAAAGGUAAUAAAGCAGGAAGUUCAACAGAAGAAGAAGUAGAUUCAAAAACCGAAGAUAAUAUUGAAAAUGGAAAUUCAUCAGCUGAAGAAGAAAAGAAAGUCGAAGAGAAAAAGGAAUCAACUGAAGAAUCUGAAAAGCCUGCAGUAACAGAGGAAAAAAAAGAGACCUCAAGCCCGUAAGAUACGAAUCAAAAUGCUAAAAUACUUUAGUGUUUAAUAAGUUUAGUGUUAAGCAAGAUAUUUAAUACUUAAAUUUAUUCUGAUAGUUAUUAUCAUGAUUUUGGUACAAGUUUAUUUUAAUUUAGUAACUUUUUUUUUUAUAUAACUAACCUAUCCUGGUGAUAGGCUUUGACUUAAUUCUGGGCAAUUGAAUUUCAUCCCAUGUAAUAAAUAUAGUUCUCAACAACUUCACGUACAGAAAAAAAAACAUUGCAUACUGAUUAUGUUACCAUUAUGUGUAUUGUCAACUUUGGCAAACUUCCUAUCAAAGUUAUUUUGUAUUGGAUUUAAUUUGUCCGAUUAAUUUAAAUGAUUUGUAAUUCACAAUAAUACUUACUUAUCUUUUAUUGUAACAAAAAAAAAAAAAAAACUGAAUUUUUUGUUUAAUUUUAUGUUGACUAAACAGAUUUGAAUAUAUUAUAAUAUAUAUUAUUAUUUAUUUCAAUGAAAAUUCAAAUUUAUAUUUUUGUUUUUGUGAAGAGAAAUGUAAUUAAAGUUGUGCGGAUGAAAAAAAUUUGAAAUAUUUUGCAUGCGUUCAAUAAAUUAAAUUUUAAAUUUUGUCAUUUUAAAUAUCUAUUUAUAUAUUUACUGUAUACAUAAAUAUAGUACUUAUGAGUGGUUUGUAGAGAAACAAUCAAAUUGGUCGUAGGUGUAUACUUUAUAUAUAUAUAUAUAUAUUUUUUUUUUUAAGCAUACGACUUAACUUCUAACCUCCUUUUUCAGUUAAAAUUGUUCUAUAGACACUAUACAUGUGAAUUAUUUCUAAUUAGAUGUAUGUGAAUUAUAUAUUAUGUAGGUAUUAAUAUGAACAAUAAAGCGCGUGAUUUAUUAAACAAAAAUGUAUGCCGUCUACUAUCAUAAUUAGAAUGUUUAAUUUUUUAAAUACGGUUCUUACUACAUUUAAACUUCUAUACAUUUCUUUUAUAGCAUUAAAAAUGAUAUUUAUAUUAAAUGUAUCAUUUUUAUGAUAUAUAUUUAUAUUUACUAUAAUAUAUAUAAUAUACAUAUAUAGGAUGUAAAUUACUAUUGUGAAUAAGAUAAUAUUAUUUUAAUAUAAAUAUACUAUUAAGUACACUAAUGUAUUUUUACGGCACAACACAGCAAUAUAAAAUUGAAAAUAUUAUUGUAUUAAAGUGGUCUUUUUAUUUUACCUAUAUAUAUUAUAUUAUAUAAAUUUCAUUUUAUUUUAUCAAAUUGUUUUUUUCUUAACGAACAUAAGCGAUCGUGGCGUUCAAUUAAUAUUUGUAUAUUUUUUGUGGUAUGAUUUUUUUUUUUUUUUAAUAGAGCCAAAUACGUCAUCAGAUGUUUAUGUAUGCACUGGAACCUUAGUAAACCUUUUUCUAUACUUUAGUCAAUAGUCUUUUUGAAAGUGAAUAAUUUUUAUUUUUUAUCAAUUUUUUCAGCACUCAUUUAUGUUGGCUGUUUGGCUCUAGUUAAAAUUUCCUUUCUUGUUUAGGUUUAAUUCUAGGAAUGAAAUGUAAUUAUAUAAAUAUAUGUUUAUAUUUCGAUAUAUACAUAUAUAAAUAUUUAAUAAAUAUAAUUUUAAGAAUUAAAACUCAAAUUUUUUAACUAUA